AUGAUCCAACCUAAACAAGAACUUCCUACGUGGAAGGAAGAAGCCAAGGACUUGCACACCUACAUCUGCGAAGCACGUACACCAAAUUCAACUAUUGCACCUAGCCAACUUCGAAUCCAUCUUCGGCUGAAUAAACCAAUCUUAUUACGAUUAUUGGAUAAUUAUCCUAAAAACAAUGACCACAGAUCGCUUCUCCAAACUGGCAAAACCUAUAUUAAUGGAAUCGAAAACAAGGUCAACGAAGCAUUUGCCAAAGACGCCAUUUUUUUGUCUGAUCACCUCGAUAUGAACGAAUUUGAAGCCUCAUCAUUGUUGAUGAAAGGCAUUAAUGAAGCGUUUUCAUCAGAAACACUUGCUCUCGAGGCUGCAUUAGUUAUAUAUUACAACGAACGAGAGUACUUGCUGACUUGCCUUGAUGUAAUCUUGCGAUCUGCAAAAGACGCAUCAGUGAAAGAUUCGAUUCGAUUAGUAUUCCAACAGUUUGCUACAGAACUUGCAGAAGAAAGCAUUCCUCUCAAUCAACAGAAUAACAGCCCGAAAGCAAGUUUGAUAGCCAAAAUACUUGGAACAUCAAAGAAAAUUACCGAGAAUAUUAACGAAUUAUCCAAGCCAACACCUGCACCUGCACCUGCACCUGCACCAGCCCCAAACCCAGCACCAGCCAACACAUCUACACAAUUUACAGGAUUUAUGACAAAACCAACAACCCAACCAACGGCACAACAACAACAACAACCACAGCCAGAAACAAAAUUGACAGAGAAUCUUAAAAAACUUGGAAAAGAACAUUUGGCAGAAGAGCAAAUCUACUUGGUACAGAUUCUCUACCAUAUUGGCUCACUUUUUUGGAUCAAGACAGGAGACUUGUCAAGCAUGAUUGAAGCAUUGAAGCAAUCUCAUUUGCUCAAUGCUACCACACCGUAUCUCACCCUUGCCAUUAUUUCAGCCAUGUCUACUGUCAAAUAUAUAGAUGCACAGAACGGAAUUUACAGUGCAGACUCAAUCAAAAAAAUUACUGCGCUCAUAAAUGAUAAUACAUGGAAGGUCGUUACACUCAAGCAAACUGUGUUCUUCCGCUGGGCACUGCUCCUAACAUACAUCGCAAAAAAGCAUCCUGAAAUAUCAUCAGCAGGAGGCAUUACAGAAGCUGAAAGAGAAACAAUAUUCGAAAAUGCCAUAUCAGAGAAUGUUUUUGAAUUCAUGAGCGACUAUCUGCUGUACUUCCAACAAAAGACUCUUACUACUGAUGUAGAACGCAAAACAGUAACAGACAUGGGAUUAAAAGAGAAUGAUAUGAUAGUGGAUGGCUUAAGGAUUGAUCCAAGUGAUUAUACAAAAUUCAGUGCAGAUAUCUGGCCAGAGUUUCAGCUAUUCAUAAUAUACGAUCUGGAGCUUCUGGUUUUGGACUUCAUUGAAUUAGUGCCAAAUAUUCUCCCAAAAAUCAGAAUUCGCGAAGAAGACAAGGCUUCUACCAACACAACCAAUCUAUCCGAACGAUCAUCAUCCAAGUCUGAAGAAAAAGAACGUAAACCAAGUGAUCUUGAAAUGUUCUUCAAGCUUCUAGCUAGUGUUUAUCGUAACCGUACCGGUGCUGGCAUUCGCUUCUGGUCACAUGAGCGUUCUUGUUUCCAUUCUUUUUUGAGAUGGGCUACUGACUUGCGCGUCCCAGGUACCGUACGUGCUGUUUACGAAUUUCUGGGAACAAUUGCUUCUGGAGAGGACUGUGCAGAAUCCGCAUUCAAUUUCCUUGAACAAGGCACCAAUCGAACUCAUUUAACAUCGAGCAGCUUAUUUUCAUGGGGGAAGUUGUUUGCAGCAUUCCAUUUUUAUAUUCCUCUUCUUCAGAAAAACACUCGAUCAAACCCCCAAUACUUCCCCCCUGAAGAAGAAGAACUUCUGAUAACCUUCCUUUACCUUCUCAGACAGGUCGUUCAAUACUCACAGAAUGCUCGUUCUGUUCUCUGGAAUGAUCCAAUCAUGCGUGUUUUUGACUGUCUCGUAGAAAUGCUCAGCUGCCCUACUUCUAUUAUGCUCCGAGCAUCUCUUUACCAUACUUUGGCUGCAUUUUGCUCUCCAUGGGGAGGAGGAGGUGAUGGAAAUGGCAAGAGGAUCGCAGUUCAAGUCUGGAAUGUCAUCGAAGAAAGUAAUUUCCCUAGCCAGAAUAAGCAGCAAACCAUGACAGAAACAGUAACAUCGUAUGGAACUCAUGUCAAUAUUAUGAAUGUUCCCAAGAACACUCAAACACAUUACAUUCAUCAAUACCCCACCUACUUGCUCAAGGCAUUGGAGCAAGAAAAGAAAAACGAAAAAUGUACAGAGACUUUGGCUAUUCUCGAUCUCCUGGCUUCAAUGAUACACACCCAGACCAGACAAGAGGCAUUGUCGAAUGGUUUUACACCUAAUACACCAAGUGUUCCUUCAGAUCUUGGUCAGGGCACACGUACACCAGGUGCUGGUCCAUAUAUAUCACUUAUUAUCGAUAACGUCUUUUUGGAACUCGAUAAGCGCACGAACCUCACAAAAGAGCGCCAGUGGGAAUUAACUGAAGCGUGUCUCAAAAUCCUUGAGAACAGUGUCAUUUCUUUUGAUGUUCAGCCAAUUCUUAGCUUCCCGGUGGAUGAACUCAUUGCCUAUGUCAAGGAACACACCAAACCAUUCUUGGAGAUACGUAACAUAGCCAACCAGAGCCAUGAGAUCGAAAUUCUUAAAAAAGUGGUGUUGAUUUACAUGACUCACCCAGGCUAUGAAGUUAUCAUACGCAUCUUAACAUCCACGUCUCUUACCUCUGCUCUAUUCAAAAUUGUCCAAAGUGUUGGGGAAAAUACAAAGAAUAAGCAGGCCAUGCGAUGUGUUAUGCGAUGCUUACGGAUUUUUAACCAAAUCAUGGAGAUCCAAAAUGUAUUUGUCAGUUUACUGGUACCUUGCAUCAAUGCACUCUCGACCAAGCUACCAAAUGGAAACUACAAAAUUUCGGAUUUCAUUUUUAUGCCGUUCCCCUCAUUUACAUCUCUCAGCAAGUCGAUGCUUUAUCAUCCCAAGAUUAUCUCGGAGAUUGCCUUGUUGAUCAACUGCACCGAAGAAGAGGAGAUUUGCUUGUUGAGUAUACGUAUUUUGCGCGCUCUUUCACGUGAAUCUUCUUAUAAUGAUCUCGAAAAGAGAAAUGUGAAGUGCAAUACCCUUAACAAGGACAUGGGAGGUAUUGGAACACAGUUGGCUCUUUUAUUGAAAGAAAGUCCAGACGCAGAGUCUAUCUUAUAUGCGUUUAGCGAUCAGCUAAAGGUGGACCAGCCAGAAGUAACAUCUGCAGAAGAUUACGAGUAUGAUAUCAACAAUAUCCCAUUCUGGCAGGCAACAGUGGAACCCGAAGACUCUUACCGUUCUGCAGAUACAUUUGAACCUCAAGCUUAUAGCUCUACCCGUAUAAAUAUUAUGGACAUGUUUAUUGAGAAUACUAUCCAUGGAAAGCCUGUACCUUCAGUGGCACACUUCUUACUUGGCUACUAUGUUUUCCAGCCAUCAACACAAAACAAGGUACAAGCAAUUGGACAUCAGGACGCUAGACUUGUGUGUCUUCAGGCAAUUCUGGAUAUGAUGCAGGGAUCACUAUCUAGCCAAGACGACACAAAUAUCAAUUCGAGCUUUGUAACAGCUCCUUCUACAUCAUUUGAGAUCACACAUCCAUUGAUCGCAGAAAAAUGCCAUCGUAUAAUCUAUCAACUAUGCGCCAAGAAGACCAUCUCUCUUCCUAUCCUCAAUUACUUGCGCAACCGUGAUAACCAUAUUUACAGUCAGCUCAAAGCAUUACCUGCACGCAUCGAAGUGAAUGCCAAUGUCGCUACACCUGUAUUCCCGGGUUUGAUAGUCUGCUCCGAUGGAAGUAAGGUCCUUACGGACUUUUGCACUCUACGAGCUCAGCUACACGGUCGUGCCUGGUUAUUGAAGUUGGUCGCCUUGGAUAUACAUAUGGCCGUUGGUACCAAGAAAAAGUCUAGCAUCCAGCCUUUAUUGGAUCUUUUAUUUGACCAAGAGAAAAUAGCCAGUAACUCUGGGGAAUAUAGCAACUCGUUCUUCUCAUCUCGCACUGCUGAAAUCCACCAAUCUCUUCCCAGACUUGUCGAGACCUUCUGUUCCCUUGAUUUUACAUGGAUUGAUGCCCUGGAUAGAGAACCGCCCAAGCCGUCAGUCUAUCUGUCUCAAUUUGAUCCAAAGCAAUUUGAGUUCACUACUGAGGAAGGUUAUGUUCUCUAUGAUAUCCGGGCAGCUUACCGUCACUUCCGAAGAAUUAUCCAGCAUAAACUGACUCCACAAGCUGGCUUAGCUGAAUUAGAAGCCGAGACUACAGAUCGACUGGGACGCUUAAUGUCAGAGAAUCAUAGGCGCGAGAUAACACAUGCUAAGAUGCAUUGUCUUCGUGCUUGGCGCCAAGUUAUCCAGGUGGUUCUUCUGGAGUGCUUUGAUGAAUUCUCAUUGGCAGCCCGCAAGAAGAUUACUUAUACACUCUUAAACAAUCUUUUGGAGAGAAUCAGAAAACCGGCAGGUCUUGAUCAAGAUGUCCUUGAAAACUUAUGUGAUAUUGUUCUCACACUAUUGAUACGUUCUGGCCAGGAUAACGAUACUUCAGGCUGGGUCGGUCUCACACCUGAUUCACCGCUUUCUGACACUCACAUUCGCAGUCUUUAUCAAGAAAUGCUUCAACACAUUAAAAUCCAGCCAACUACAAAAGAAGUUCAGAAAGAAGACACAGAAAAGAUUGCUUUACCCCAACUGUCUUUCUUGAUCCACUCAACCAUCAAUUGAACUAGUCAUCCUCAUUGAUUCCCACUACCUCUUUACUCGCUUUUUUUUAUAUUUCUAUUCUUCCAAUCUAUAUGAAUGUAUAUAAAACAUCACAAGUAUACAUAAUAUUCACGAAAUAUCAACUCUCGUUAAAAUAAAUACAAAAAAAUACUGUUUAUUAUUCUAAAUACACUCCUUUAUAAAGUUCAAGAUACCAUUGAUAUUU